UAGCCAAUGGCAACUGCGAAAGUGACGUUGGGGAUACAAACUAAAUGACUUUAUCAUCGCUCGAGAACCGGCUUGACAGAAGGGCAUGUUGUUCUUUGCUGAAAUGAAAAAUAUAUCUCUCAGAUACAUUACCUGUUUCAUUCACUUCCGACAUAAUGCAAUGUAGAUAAAUAGGUAAGAUGCUAAUGUACGUUUCUUAAGUGGAAUAGACACACGCGUGAUUCGAUGCAAGCGGGAUAAUGUACACGGAUACUGGUUAUGAUUCAAUAUCCCGUCGUUUGUUUCGUCGAAUGAUGACGUAACCACAGCGGCACGUCACAAGGUCGGCGAAAAUCGACUGGCUCUCCCCAACCGUUAGCACAGCGCCAUCAACAUAAUUCAUUUCCUCCUUCGCCCCGUUCCGACGAGGGGACAGUUUUACGAUCAAUUACGACUCAGACCAGAUGAGCUCCUAUUUCGUGAAUUCCAUAUCGACGUGUUAUGGACAGAGCGGGCUCGACAAUUGCUCCGAGGGACACUUCGAGCGGAAUGGGAACUAUCUUUCGUCGGCUAGUGUAUAUUCCAGCUUCGCGGGUGGACGGUACCCGUAUGGGUCCAGAUCCGACAGGAUCGUCGAGCACCAGACCCCGGAUUUUUACACGGCCCCGCGCCUGACGCACCUACCAGCGUCCAGCCCCUGUUCCUCCCCUCCAAACAUCAAUGGGGGUUCGCACAACCAGCACGUACCGCCGUCGCAGAAUGCGGUGAGUCUGAAUUCGAGGGAGAGGUCUUGCGAGAUGAGGAACCCCACCCCUAGUGGGGGCGGUGGUUACUUUCCUAAUGGACAAAUAACGAACAGCGUGGAGGAUACGCGACCGCCUUCGGCGCACUCGAACAGCCCACCCCAGACAAAACCACAGACAUCUCCCCCUCGAUCAACUCCCCACCCCCCUCUACAACAGAGUCACCCUCCUAGUCCUUCCAGCAGGGACGAUUCGAACUAUUCCACCCCACAUAUCUACCCCUGGAUGAGACGAAUGCAGUACAGUGCAGAUGGCACCGACGGGGAAACGAAGCGGUCAAGGACAUCGUACACACGUCAUCAAACGUUAGAACUGGAAAAGGAGUUUCACUACAACAAAUACCUCACGAGGCGGCGACGAAUCGAAAUCGCGCAUGCGCUAAACUUAACUGAGAGGCAAAUCAAAAUCUGGUUCCAGAAUCGACGAAUGAAGUGGAAAAAAGAACACAAACUCUCGCACAUAGCUAAGAACAUGAACCUGGCGAACGCCCUGGAGAAAGUAGCAGACGAACGGAAGGCGUUAAUGAUGUGAUUCAAACUUUCGCGCCGUCGCCUGAUUGACGUGACCUAAUUAUGGAUGCCAAUCCUAAACUGGGAAUCCGUUCAUCGACUGUUUCGUACAAUAGACUGGUGUUCGGUUUUGACUGUCUUCGUCCAGGUUUUCGGUUACUUUGCGUCAUAAAAAAAAAAUCUACAGCAACAAGUGCAUGUCGACAAUCAUUGGUUGUGACCGGUCACGUGUCACAAGACCAACCAAUCGCUUCACGAUAUCGUGCACCAACAAUCAAUGUGACGUCAUGUGAUGACACUGAAGUGAGAGAUAGAGGAGACUCGGUCUAAAUGGGGUAAAAAUAAAAUAAAGUAAAAUAAAAUUUAAACAUGUUCGGAAUAUGUAAUUUCCAAACAUUUUACAUGUUAUGUUAUGUCAUAUUUUAAAAUAAACCAAAGACUUGUA